AGACGAGCGCCAAACGUCAGUGAAUCGGAUUCCGAAAAUGUUGAUCUUCACCUUUUUGUUUGGUAUUUUUCGUUUUGGCCGUUGAAAAGUGGUGGAAAAUCGUCACACAUCUAAAAAUAAAUAUGUGAUGUUGUUAUCUAGGUAUGUCAAGUUCUCCGCGGGUAAAACUCUGACGACGAAGUUGUGAUGCAUAUGCAAGUGGAAACCGAAAAUUGAAAAUUUAGCCGGCAGCGUUGUGAAUGAAAUAAUUACCGGUGGUGCUGUGUGGUGUUGUUGUUUAUGAUUGCGUUCAAAACAGCGGUCUUGUGCCGGGUUUUAUUUUAUUUGUGUGCCCCGUUAGUGUUCGUUUCGUUUGCUACCUGUUUGAGCGGGAGUGUGAGGAAAAGUGGACUAGUUUUGUGAUGGAAACGGAAAAAAGUGAUGCCACCCCACAGCCAGCGGUUGGCAACGGGGAGCCCGCGUCCAGUGCGACCAAUGGUGGAACGUCACCGACAGGCUCGAUACCGGCAGGUGGCUCGGGAAUCCAACCUCCAAAGGUUAGAGCCCUUCCGAAGCCCUCCGGCAUCAAGCCACCGUCGGCCAAUUUGAGCGGUUCCACGACGUCGCUUGCGAGUACCAGUUCCCAGCUGACGACUGCUUCGACGGCUGCCGCUUCCGGAGCCACGGUACCGUCCGCCACCCGGAUAGGGCGGUUAUGCAUGGGACAUACUCCACCGAAGGCAGGACUUCCACCGUCGGAACCAAAGCUAUCUGCCCUCGACAGUAAAAUGAGACGACCGAGCGAAUCCGAUUUCAACAAAUCACAUCUGCCAGAUGUGGACGAAGAAAGCGAAACCGACCUGGCGUUCGAGCGCCCCGUCUCAUCCCGUUCGUCCCACUCGCCCGACUCCGGGUUCAAGAGCAAUCGGUCCGAUCGCAAGACUUCGAGCGCCUCCACCGGCUCCGAUGUCUACUGGGAGGCAACCGGAAGGCGCAGAAGCUCAGAUCAGGGAGCGGUGCUGACGACCGACACGGACAGUUUUAUCAUCGGCCAGCGCGUUUGGGUCGGCGGCAUCCGCCCGGGCCAGAUUGCCUACAUCGGCGAGACACACUUUGCGCCGGGCGAAUGGGCCGGCGUCGUGCUGGACGAGCCGAACGGGAAGAACGAUGGUUCGGUGGCUGGGAAGCGCUACUUCCAGUGCGAGGCGAAGAAGGGCGUCUUCUCCCGGUUGACCCGGCUCACGCGUGAACAGCUGGCGAGCGGCGGUGGGGGAGACUCGACGACCGCUACCACCCCGCUCGACCAGAGCUUCCGCUCGCUGACGUCACCGGCCCGCUCGGGCACCGUUUCGCCGACGCACAGCGUGCAGAGUUAUGCCAGCAAAUCACCGGCCAUCGGGGGAAAGGCAGCCUCGUUGAACGUCGGUGACCGAGUGAUCGUGUCGUCCGGGUUUGGUUCGCGCCCGGGAAUACUGAAGUAUCUGGGCGAGACGCAGUUCGCCAGCGGAACGUGGUGCGGGGUGCAGCUGGAUGAAGCCAGCGGCAAGAACGAUGGCACUGUGGAUGGUGUGAGAUACUUCGAGUGUCCGGCCAAGUAUGGCAUAUUCGUCCCGAUUGCCAAGGUCACCCUGUCGCCGUCGGCACGCAAGACCUCGGCCCGGCUGUCCCGGGCCAACUCGAAGGAGUCGCUCAACUCGCUGGCCACGAUGAGCUCGAUUGCAACCACCGCAACGUCCCGACUUCGUAUGAGCGCACAGAGGAAAUCAACGGUCAGCGCUGUUCCGUCGACACCGAAAGCUUCCUUUUCGCUUCAGGAUGUCCUCCGGGAAAAGCAGAACCACAUCGAGCAGCUUAUGCAGGAGCGAGAAAUCGACCGUGAGGAGAAUGCGAACCAAUCGAUUAUGUACCAGAAGAACAUCCAACAGCUGAAGGAAAAAGUUGCCUUGCUGGAAAAAUCCCUCUCCGACGAGAAGCGCCGCAACGAAGAUCUGCAGUUCAGCGUGGAUGAGGUCACCUUCUGCGGCGAGGAGCUGAACCGAAAAAUUCAAAAUUCUGUACAUGCACAAACGCAAGUGUUUAAGGAACGUAUCGGGGAACUGGAGGCACAACUAGCUGGUAGCGCCACAGGGAAAGUAAAAGAUGAUCAACAGCCGGUAAUUUCCGAUGAAUACCUCAAUGCUGUCCGGGCAGAGUUGAAUGCCGAAAUCGAUAAGCUGAAGGCCGAAAUCCUCACCAAAGACCAGAAGCUACACCUGACCGAGGAGUUGAAGCGUUCGCUCGAGAAUGAAAUACAGAAGCUGCACGAAAGGAUCGCGGAGGUGGAGCAUACCGCCGAAGGUAAGCUGUCCGCGCUUACCAUCUCCGAGGAGUGUCUCAGGGAGCAGAUCAACUAUCUCGAGCAUCGGGUGGAGGAACAGAGCGAUCAACUGACGGCGAAGGAUGCGGAACUGGAGCAGCAGUAUCUGGCGCUGAAAAAUGCCGAAGGCGAACAGGAUGAGCGGGUUGCCGCAUUGCAGAGUGAACUGCGCGCGAUGGAGGCAGAACGGAGCGAUCGCGAGCAGACACGUCAGAAGCUGGAGGCAACGUUGGAGGAGUUGCGGAACGAUUUGCGCCAGCGUGACCUCAAAAUGGCAGAGGGUGAAACCGGUAUGAAGGUGGUACUGCAGGAGAAGGACGGUCAGAUCGGUAAGCUGCAGGACCAGCUAAAGGAUUUGGAGGAACGGUUGGCAUCGGCGGAGGCAUUACAAUCUCAGCAGGAGCAUAAGCAUGCAACCGCAACACAGACAAUCGUGGACCUUCAAUUCGAACGCGAUGAGAAAGUUAAACAUCUGCAGGAGAUGGAACUAAAACUGGCCGCUGGUGCGGUUGCGCUUAAGGAAGAAACCACGCUUCGGCAGGAGAAGGAAUCGGAAGUGCUUAAACUGGCGGGAGAGUUGCGUACACUCACAACAAACAAUGAGGAACGGGCGGCCGAGUUGACGAAGACGCAGGACACGCUUUCAAAUCAAGCCAAGCAACUGGAUGCACUAGGAGAAGAAAAGACUAAUCUCGAAAAGGAACUUGACCGUUUGCGGGAAGCACACGAUAAGGUGCGAUCGGAGCAGGACGUCCUGAUAGCGGAACUGCACACCCUGGUCGACACGGAGCGAAAAACCAUCGAAGAACUUCGGAAGGAGCUGAGUGCGUCUGAGCAGGAAAAUCUUACCAAAGACAAGCAGCUGGAGGAAAACGAAGUGUUGGUGGGAGCACUACAAAAGGAACUGAAAGAACUCAACGUCACGAAUGCCAACCUUAGCCAGGAGCUGGCGGCUACGAAGGCCAGCUUCGCGGACAAGGAUGGCACGCUUGCGAAGAUAUUGGAGGAAACGAGUGCACUGCAGGCUCAGCUGGCACAAAGCAAGGACGAGAUGGUCGCAAAGGUUAAACAGUUUGAAGAAGAGCUUCAAAAACGGGAGGCAGCCUGGCGUGAGGAAACGGAGAAAAAGGAUGCUUCUACAAAGCAAGAACUUAGCUCUAGAGAUAUCAACUUGGCGCAGCUCACCCAGACCAAGGAAACACUUGAGAAAGAUUUAGAAUCGAUCAGGCAGCAGCUAAAGGAGGCCGUUGAGGCAAGCCAGAAAUCGGCGGAAGCAGUUGCGAACAAAACGGCCGAAGCGCUUUCUCUGGAUCAACUGGUUGCUAACCUCCGGGCGGAUGUUUCCUCCAAAGAGGACCAGGUCGGCAAACUGAACGCUGCCCUUGCGGAAAGCAACAGUCGCCAGGAAACGAGUGACCGAAAACUCCUGGAACUUCAAGAGCAGUUCGGUCGGCUUGAAAUAGAGCGUGCGGAUUUGGGCAGGAAAAUGGAAGCUCUUGAGCAGCGAUCUACUCAGGUCCAGGAACAGAAGCAAGAUCUCGAGAAAGAGCUCGAUACACUGCGUUCCACCACGAUCGAUUCGAACUCAGAGCUAGCAAAGAUGAGCGAGGAGCUCAAGGUAAAGCAGCGUGCGUUGGAUGAACUUCGUGACAGCUACGACACGUUGAAAAUCACCAUGGAACGGCGGCUGGACGAGACGGGCCAAACGAAUGCGGGACUCUUGGAGCAGGUCGAGCGCGUACGGCAAGAGAUGCAACAUCUGUCCGAUCAGAAGAUCAUUCAGGAGAACGAGCUCAACACGGAGCUCCGCAAGAUCAAGGAAAUCGCGGAACAGGAAAAGGACAACCUGGAGCGAGAAAUUGCAACGCUACGGGCGAGCUUUGACGAGGAGCGCCAAAGAUUGUCUAAUGAAUUAGCGCUGGUGACGUCCAGCGAAGCUUCCGUCAAAGAACAGCUUGCAGCAGUGCUGGCACAAUUCGAGCAAACGAAGGACGAACUAACAAAGGAACUUGAAAAUGUGCGUACCGAAAAGCUCAAAGAUCACGAUCUCCAAGUGGCCAACGUUAAGGAAGCUUUGGUACGGGAGGAACUGCUCAAAAAGCAACUUGAGGACGUCCGAGCGGAAUCGAACGGUCUCAAGGAAACCCUGGACGAGUUGCGCAAGUCGAUGGAACAAGGUAGUCACGAGUUGGCCAGCCAAAUCGAUCAGAAGACCCAACAAAUCGUGAAACUAGAAAAGGAACUAGCGGAUGAGCGAAGCGCACUAGAAAAACGAGUCGCAGAGGUGAACGAAUUGAUUGAGAAGUACGAUUCGAGUACGAAAAAUCACACGGACAUGCUGCGGCAAAUGAACGAUUGUUACGCCCAGAUCGAAGCAUUGACCAAAGCGAAAGAGGAAUCGGAAGCAAGUUGUCAACAGAUGCGCCUACGCUUGGAGGAACUGAACAGCUCGUACAGCGAAAUGGAAGAGGAACAGGUCGAUCUGGUCAGCCGGGAAGAGGCGAUCAAGUUGGAGCUUAAGCAACUUCAAGAAAGCAUGCAAACCACGACCGCAAGCUAUAUGGGUCGUGAAACUGAGCUUGUGGGUAAAAAUGAACAACUAACGAAGCAGCUGGAAGAAAUGUCCACGAUACAGGAAGCGUACAAAACCGAGAUGUCUUCAUUAAAUGAUAAGCUGGAAACGCUUUCAACUGCCGCCGCCGAACUGCAGUCCCUGAUUGCCGAGCAUGGUCCAUUGGUGAAGACGAAGGAAGCUUUAGAGAGCAAAGUUCAAACGCUUGAGCAAUCAGUUUCGGAAAAGAAUGCAUCCAUUGCGAAUCUUACUGAAUCGCUGGAGGCGAAAAGUAAGGAGUUCAUCGAAAAGGAAGCUUCGGUGUUAGUGAAGGAAGAUGAGAUUUCCAAACUGAUGGAAAGCGUAGCCAGCAAGGAUGCCGAGCUGAACGAAGUUCAACAACAGCUGGAUGCGGUGCAGAAAAGUCUUACCGAAAGCACCGAACUUGGCAUACGCUUCGUGGGUGAAACGACCGACCUGAAGGAAGCUCUGGAGCGUGGCCGUGUCAUCCAAAAAGAACAGGAUGAGCGGGUUAAAGAGCAGCAGCGGCGUAUCGCCGAGUUGGAAACGAAACUGUCCGCCCAAACGACGCAGUUCGACGAGUUGCUCGAUCGAAAGAAAUCGUCCGAAACGGAACACUCGCAGCGCAUGCACGAGUUGAACCAGCGGCUUGUGGAGAUCGAGAAUGGCAAGCGGCAGGAAAUCGAAGAGUUGCAGCAGCGGCUGGCCGAGAUGCUACAGCGUGUCGAAAGUCAGGUGGCCGAAACGGCGCAGACCGCGAGCAGUAAGCGGACGGCCGAAAAGCGUCAGCAAGAGCUCGAGUGCGCCAAAAAAGAUCUGGAGUUGCGUGAAACCGAGUUGCAGUUUACUAACCGUCGGCUCGAGAAGGAGAACGAGCAUCUGCGGGCGCAAAUAGUGGUGAAGGAGGGUGAGCUGGCCAAGUUCUCCAAAGCGGCAGCUACGGCGGCAACGGCGGCUAACGUACCGGAGCGCCCCAAGGGCGUUGAGAUGCAGGACGUCGAAUCCGGAGCACAGAUCGAUUUCCUAAAUUCAAUCAUCGUCGAUAUGCAGCGACGAAACGAAAAGCUCACGCUACGGGUACAGGCCCUCGAGUCGACCAGUGUCGAAAGUGCCAACAUGAGUUUCGAUAUACAGAAGCGCAAACCGGCGCCACGGGUGUUCUGCGACAUUUGCGAUGAAUUUGACCUACACGAAACCGAGGACUGCCCGAAACAGUGCUCCGACAGUCCACCGGAAUCGCUCAAGCAUCCGUCGGAUGGCAAGGAACGGAAAGUGCCGCCACCGAGAAAGUACUGCGAAAGUUGUGAAGUGUUUGGCCACGAAAUUGGAGAAUGUCCCGAUGAUGAGACGUACUAGGAGGACGAAAUUGAAGGCGACUUGCAUCGUGUUCGUCUCAUAAUAGCUCAUUUGGCGCUGUACCAGCGACUGUCUUGUGUGGUUUAGUUUAGGUAUUUAUUUAAGAGUAGUCUUUUAAAAAGAGGAAUUCGAGGUUGUUUUUAGCAAACGAAGGGAGAACAGUAAAUUAUUAACGCGAGGCUUCAGUUGAACCUUUCAUGAAUAUGUUAUUUUCUGAUAGUUGAAUUGUUAGUAGCAGAUUUCAUCAGUUGAGCACGUGUCCUUCAAUUUAGACCGCGUUGGUCGUUUCCGUUCGGAUAAUUUAACAAUAAUCAUGAAAAGGCAGUUUAUGA